GACAUUUCCUGAAUGCAGACUUCCCAUUAUAGCCUAUGACAUCGGUUAUUUUAGAUGUCAUCCCUCCCUAUCCCCCCUGACAGGCAUGCGCCAUCUCCAUCCCGAUUGUUGGGUGAAAAAGUGGGCAGUUCAGGAUUUCAUAUUUGGCUUCACUUUCUCUCAACUCCCUCCUUUCUCCCGGAGCCUCGGAGUCGGUCGGACGGACACCAAGCCUCAGCUCCAAUACCUGCGCAAGAGCAUCCAAGAGCCUCUUUCCAUCCCGACAGGACAGUCGCACUGCAGCAAGCUGACGGAGAAUACUUUUUACAGCCAAGAAGUCAAUACAUCCUUCAUCAGCUGAAAUGCUGCUGAGAAGAAUCCGACAUGUCCAAAUACUUCUCUGCGCAGUCUGUCAUCUCACUCUGGCCUUUCCUGCCCAAACUCCAUCUGCAUAUGAUGAUGUCCAGUCUCUCAAGGUGAAGAUCCCAUACACAGGUCCAGUUUCUCUCCCACUGGGCAGCGCUGUCUCCAUCCCCUGCACGGUGUCUCUGUCCUCCGCACCAACCACCUCCUCCUCCCCUGCUGAACCGCGGGUCAAGUGGACUGUGGUGUCCGGAGGGGUGGAGACGCUGAUCUUAGUGGCGCGGGGUCAAAGGGUGAAGGUCAACGAGACGUACCGAGCCCGUGCCGAUUUGCUCAACUACAAUUCCUCCCCUGAAGACCUGUCACUGUGGUUGGGAGAUUUGCGCUCCAGUGACUCCGGUCAUUAUCGCUGUGAGGUACAGCAGGGCCUGGAGGACGCUAGUGACCUCAUCCAACUCAAGGUCAAAGGUGUUGUGUUUCACUACAGGGAUGAUUUGGGCCGGUACGCGUUUUCCUUCCAUCAGGCCAAGAAGGCUUGUGAGUCCAUCGGGGCAGAAAUUGCAACACCUGACCAACUGCUGUUAGCUUAUUAUGACGGCUACGAGCAGUGUGAUGCAGGCUGGCUGGCAGACCAGUCUGUCAGGUACCCAAUCCAAGUUCCCCGUGAAGGUUGCUAUGGAGACAUGGAUGGCCAACCAGGAGUGAGAAACUAUGGGACAAUGGAUCCAGUUGAUCUAUUUGAUGUGUACUGUUAUGUGGAAGAAACUGAUGGGGAGGUGUUCCACGACCCCAUCCCACAGAAGUUGUCAUUUGAUGAAGCUCAGUCAUAUUGCAGAGCUGCUGGGGCACAGCUGGCUACGACAGCACAGCUGUACAUGGCAUGGAGUGAAGGUCUGGACCGCUGCAGCCCUGGCUGGCUGUCUGAUGGCAGUGUGCGAUUUCCCAUCAUAACCCCUCGAGACCGAUGUGGAGGGCCUCAGGCAGGUGUCAAAACCGUCUACCGCUUCCGCAACCAAACGGGUUUCCCAGAGCCAUCCAGCCUUCAUGAUGUUUAUUGUUUCAGAGAUAAUAAGAAAACGGCCACUGACUCUCCUGUGGACUACAUUGCCACAGAGCCUGAGGACAUUGGACAAGAUGUUGUUAUUCUUGUAGAAGCAGAUCAAGAACUGAAACUAAGCCAAAACACAGAGCAAGUGGAGCGAGAGGCUAAGAGUGUGCUCAAAUCGUUCCCAUUUUUCUCCAUGCCCUCCACUGAGGAAAACCUAGUUGAAACACACCCAACAUUUAUGUCAGACACAACAGAGUCUCCCUUAAACUCCACAUCUACAUUGGACCCCCUCCAGUCUUUUGACGAAACGUCACCUUCUACAGAAAUGAGCGACAGCUCCCAAGAUCCUACUGCGCUGAUAACCACCAUCAUCAAUAGCACAGAAACCUACAAUUCCCCACAUAACACAUCAUUGCUAAUCACUUUUUACAACGAAACAGAUUCCCAACAGAACUUGAACUUCACCUUUCACCACUCUGACCCUGAAAGCACCACAGGGUUCCCCGAAUUGCCAAAUGACACUCACACACAUAACCAGACAGUACCAGACACAAACCCUGUAGAGAGUACACAGCCAACUGAGAAGCCACAGCAAAUGCAAGAGACCAACUUGGAUUUUAACACCACUCAUGCCAAUUACACUGAGAUGGACAGCAACCAUACUCAAGAGGAGAAUAUCCUGGAAGCAACCUCUAUGAUCGUUGACUCCAUGCUUCAGUCGAAGCUGAAUGAAACAGUAGUAGAUGAUCCUGUGCAGGUGUCUUUCUCAACUCAGUUGCCAAGAGAGGACAGAGAGCUUGUUACACAAUCAACCCAAACUACUAAUUCCCCCACCAAAGAGCGCACCUCACUGUGGAUCCCUCUGGAUGGGUCUGGAGAUAAUUCACAAGAAAAUGACCUUGACACGGAAGCAGUCACUUUCAUCCCUACAUCAAAUUCCUCCACUUCCAGCCCUGCCACGCAACAGUCACUUGCUUCAGCCAGCAGCACUCCUGCUGAGUCUCAGACAGCAGUCCCUGAACCAACCCUCUCAUCUGGGUCGCGCCCUUCUGACAAACCAGGCAUGGAUAUCCUCUCCACAGCAGCGCACUUGUGGGAAUCCUCCAUUUCUAGACAAGAGGGUAGCACAAGCUUAGAAAUUGAAGACACUGUCACCAUGGAAAGUAAUGAAAAGCAGCUGCAUCCAACAAAGUCUGAAGACAAGCUAAUUUCUGGAGUAAGUUCAGCUACCACUGCAUCUCCAAAGGAGUCAAACACCUCUCUAGCCCCUGUAAAUUCCACCACAGCACAUUAUCAGACAUCAGAUUACAGAGUACAUUUGGAUACUGCAACUGCAACUUAUGAAGAGGCAAGUGGAUAUGAACCUGAAAUAGUUGCUGUAACCAUUGGAGAGGAUGAUAAAGUUGCCUCAAUCCUUGAAGAGAACGUUACAGUUAGUCAAACCCUUGAAGAGGGAGGUAAAGUCAUCCCAACCUUUGAAGAGGAAGCUAAAUCAGCCCCAACCUCUGAGGAGGAAUUUACAGCUUCUCCAACUCUUGAAGAAGAAGCUAAAUCAGUGCCAACAUCUGAGGAGGAAUUUACAGCUACCCCAACUCUUGAAGAAGAAGCUAAAUCAGUCCCAACCUCUGAGGAGGAAUUUACAGCUACCCCAACUCUUGAAGAAGAAGUUAAAGUUGUCCCAACUCUUGAGGAGGAUUUUACAGCUACCCCAACUCUUGAAGAAGACGUUAAAGUUGUCCUAACUCUUGAAGAGGGUUUUACAGCUACCCCAACUCUUGAAGAAGAAGUUAAAGUUGUCCCAACUCUUGAAGAGGAUCUUACAGUUACCCCAACUCUUGAGGAGGAUUUUACAGCUACCCCAACUAUUGAAGAGAAAGUUAAAGUUGUCCCAACUGUUGAAGAGGACCUUACAGCUGCCCCAACUCCUGAAGAGGAAGCUGAAAUUGCCCCAAUCUUUGAGGAAGAAGUUAAAGUUGUCCCAACUCUUGAAGACGAUUUCACAGCUAACCCAACCCUCGAAGAAGAAGCUAAAGUUACCUCAACCUCCGAAGAGGAUCUUACAUCUACCCCAACUCUUCAAGAAGAAGUUAAAGUUGUCCUAACUCUUGAAGAGGAUUUUACAGCUACCCCAACUCUUCAAGAAGAAGUUAAGGUUGUCCCAACCCUUGAAGAGGAAUUUACUGCUACCCCAACUCCUGAAGAGGAAACUAAAAUUGCCCCAAUCUUUGAAGAAGAACUUAAAGUUGUCCCUGCUCAUGAAGAUAAUUUUACAGCUACCCUAAUCUUUGAAGAAGAGCAUGUUACAGUUGCAACAACCCUUGAAGACAAAGUUACAGUUAGCCCAACCUCUGAGGAGGAACUUACCGUCUUCCCUCUCGAUUCACAAACAUCUAAGUGGGCUCUGCAGACCACCACAUCUGCACCCCAAGAGUCUCAGAAUGAUCUUGAGUACAGCAGAAAAACAUCAGCAGCUCCAGAUUCCCCCUCCAGUACAAAGCCCACUGCUACCACCACAAAGACCACCACCACCACCACACACUGGUCCAGACGCACCUGGAGCCCGACCACCUCUACACCCAAAGUUUUCCAACAGACGGCUGAGCCCCAGAAGGUGACAGCCCUCAUACCACCAGUGGAUCAAGGUCUGGUGGAUGUUGAGUUUAGUCUCACCCAGCUGCCCACCCUGCUUAUCUUGCCCAAUGAGAGGGCAGCUGUAGGCGGUACAGGGAAAGCUUCAGGUAAUGUUAAAGCCACUCUCAUCAGCCUAACCGCCCUCUUCUUGCUACGCGACACCAGAAGAGAAGAAGAACAGAAACAAGGUCCGGGAUCGACCCCAGAACCUGUGCGAUGCACCAGCAAGAGGAUUGAACGGGACCUGAGGAGUUUGUCCUCAUAUGCCUGUGUGAACGACCCCUGUCUCAAUGGAGGCACCUGUACUGACGCAGGCGGGCAGAUUAAAUGCCUCUGUUUGCCAACGUAUGGAGGAGAAUUCUGUCAGAUGGACCUGGAGCGAUGUGAACCAGGCUGGGACAAGUUUCAUGGCUUCUGCUACCGACACUUCAGCCAGCGUCUGAGCUGGGAGGUCGCAGAGCAGCACUGUCGCAUGCAGGGAGCUCACCUGGUAUCCAUCAUGACCCCUGAGGAGCAAGGUUACAUCAACAGUAACUAUAAAGAAUACCAGUGGACUGGUCUGAAUGAUAAAACCAUCGAGGAUGAUUUCCGCUGGUCUGAUGGCAACCCGCUGCUGUAUGAGAACUGGUACCGAGGGCAGCCAGACAGCUACUUCCUGUCUGGAGAAGACUGUGUGGUGAUGGUGUGGCAUGAUGACGGGCGCUGGAGUGACGUGCCCUGCAACUAUCACCUGUCCUACACCUGCAAGAAAGGCACAUCCUCCUGUGGUCCACCGCCCAAGGUUCGAAAUGCCUUCAUAUUUGGAAAGAGUCGACAGAGAUACGAGACCAAUGCAGUUGUGCGUUAUCACUGCGCCCAAGGUUUCCACCAGAAACUAAACCCUCUGAUCAAGUGUCUGCCUGGAGGCAGUUGGGAGAGGCCCCAGAUCCUUUGCAUUCCUGAGUCUGGAGCCCCCACUCAGCACCCCGAUGUGACGUCACCGACCAACAACAACUCUGCCGCGUCCGAAGAUGAACUUGAAGUCACUAAAGAGUCACCACAGUACUGGGACAUCAAGUUUUAAAACUCACCAAGGCUUUUCUUGUUUACCUUUCUAAAACUCUGCUGUUUUAACUAUCAGAAGGUGAAAAAAAAAAAAAUCGAAUGCUUUUUACCAAUGAACGCUCAACAAGAAACAACAAACAAAAUGAACCACAAAAGCAUUAAGACACAAACUGAAGCUUCCUCUCAGCGCACAGAAAGACAUUCCUAUUUCUAAAUGUCAUUCAGAAUAUUUCCUACUGUAUUUUGUCAAAGAGAUUUUAAUACAUUCAUACAAUGACUGGAGAGAAAGACAUACAGUCAAUGUCUAAAUUACCAUGCCAGCUCCAAAUAUACAGUAAGAAUUGUUCUUUCAUAUCAGCUUUUUGUUUGUGGUUUUUGUUGAAUCAAGAACCUUUUACAAAAUGGUGCUAAAGUCUUUAAGACCUUUGUAAAGAAUCCAACAGAUAAUUUUGUUUUCAGUGUGGUGUAGGAGUAGGGACAAGUUCCUGCUUUUUUUAAAAAAAGAAUCCAAACAACUCCAAAGCACAAAGUCACAAACUUAAAAGAAACAAAUGCUGUACAUAUAUUAGUUUUCACACCUGUGAUUGCUGUCCGCAUUUUUCUGAGAGAAACCUUUAAAUUUCCAGCAGACACAGUUUUGUUCGUCAGCUUUAUGUUGUAAUAAAGUUUUGUAGA